CUAAUUUGCAGCUGUUUUGUUUUUAUGUUACUUAAGAAAGACAUUAUAUUGAUUGUUUAAUUAUCGGAUACAAAUUAGAUUUUAAAAAGUAAAUACAAAGACUUAACCUUUCGGAAAAUGGCAUGUUCAUAAGCUAGAUUGAAGGAUGGAGACCAGUGGCAAACCCUCGACAGCUCAGAUUGUGUUGCUGGCCACUAGCUCUGCUCUGACUGCUGUCUUAUACAGCAUAUACAAGAGGAAGUCGAGCCAUGUAGCGAGGUUAAGGGAGGCCAAGAGGAUGCCAUUAAAUCCAGAUCUCAGAACUAUCCUCGAUGAAGCGCCAGGAAAAUGCGUUCCUUAUGCAGUUAUUGAAGGUGUUGUGCGCUCGGUGAAGGAGACCUUGAACAGUCAAUUUGUAGACAACUGUAAAGGGGUCAUCGAGAGGUUAACAUUAAAAGAGAAGAAGAUGGUGUGGAAUCGAACAACACAUCUAUGGAAUGAUUGUGAAAAGGUCAUCCACCAACGCACCAACACCGUGCCCUUUGACCUGGCCCCACAUGAUGACACUGUUCCCAUGACAGUGCGAGUGGUCCGUCCACUCGAUGCAGCUGAAUUAGAUCUGGAGACCACCUAUGAGAACUUUCACCCCUCCCAGCAGUCUCUGACCAACGUCAUCAGCCACUUCAUCAGCGGUGAGCGUCCGCAGGGCAUCCAGGAGACAGAAGAAAUGCUGCGUCUGGGAGCCAGCAUGACGGGCGUAGGGGAGCUUGUGCUGGACAACAACCUGGUUCGUCUUCAACCCCCUAAACAGGGCCUGCGGUACUUCCUCAGCUGCCUGGACUACAACACGCUCCUGAGUAAGCAAGAGGGUCGCCUGCGGAUCUGGAGGGUCUUGACGGUGCUGUUUGGCUUGACUGCCUGCGCCACACUAUUCUACCUGCUGUGGCGGCAGUACGUGCUGCGUAAGGAGCGGAGGAAAGAGCGCAGCCUGCUGGACGAGUACAGGAAGUGGCAGAGCAGACGUUUGCAGGAGCUCCACCUGACGGAUGAUUUGUCUCCUACUUCAUGCACAAUAUGCCUGAGUCGUGAGCGCUCGUGCGUGUUUCUAGAGUGUGGUCACGUGUGUGCCUGCGAGGAGUGCUAUAGGGCCCUGCCUGAACCUAAGAAAUGUCCCAUAUGCAGGGCUAGAAUAGACCGGAUUGUGCCUCUGUAUAACAGCUAGAGGCUUGAAUAUGUAGUAUGCACUUAAUUUGAAAUGAGGCACUUUGUGUGUGAGCACAGUGUUUCAUGCGACCUAAUAUCAGUUGAUGUAAGAAUCUGCCAUAAACACAAUACUCAGCAGAAAAAUAUUCAUCCAGCUUGAGUCGGGUUUUGUGUUCUGUUGAUUGAUCACACUGUUGGCAAUUAUAAUGAUCACUUGUGCCUGUGUGAACUGAAAUUAAAUACCAUUUGUUAUUUCACUGAAAACAGCCCAUUUUAGGACUAGGAAUACAAUA